AUGCUCAGGGUCCUGCUCCUUGGCGUGCUGGCCCGGGCCGGCCUCGGGCUUCCGGCAACCCCGGAGCCGCAACCCAGUGGUAGCCAGUGUGUCGAGCACGACUGCUUCGCGCUUUUCCGGGGCCGCGCGACCUUCCUCGCUGCCAGCCAAGCCUGCGAGCGCCUGCGGGGCCACCUGAUGACUGUGCGGUCCUCAGUCGCUGCGGAUGUCAUAUCCUUGCUGCUGAGCGACGAUGGCGGUGACGGCCUGCGCCUCUGGAUCGGCCUGCAUCUCGCGCAGGGCUGCGGCGACCCCGGGCACCUUGGGCCCCUGCGCGGCUUCCAGUGGGUUACCGGAGACAACAGCACCAGCUACAGCAGGUGGGCUCGGCUCGACCGCGAUGGGGCUCCCCUUUGCGGUCCGCUGUGCGUCACAGUCUCGGCUGCCGGGACCCCUGCGCCCGGCGAGCCGGCCUGGCAGGAGCAGCAGUGCGACGCGGAGGAGGCGCGCUGGGGUCGGGUGGCGCCGGGCGCCUGGGACUGCAGCGUGGAGCGCGGCGGCUGCGAGCACUCAUGCAACCAGAGCGCCGGCGCACCCCGCUGCCUCUGCCCAGCCGACGCCGCCCUGCAGGCCGAUGGGCGCUCCUGCGCCACGCCCGCCGUGCACUUGUGCGACAGCCUCUGCGAGCACCUGUGCUUCCCCGACCCCGACGUGCCGGGCUCCUACUCGUGCAUGUGCGAAGCCGGCUACCAGCUGGCGGCCGACGGGCACCGGUGCGAGGACGUGGACGACUGUACGCUGGUUCCCAGUCCGUGCCCGCAGCUCUGUGUCAAUAUGGAGGGCGGUUUCGAGUGCCACUGCCGCUCCGGCUUCGAGCUGGUGGACGGCGAGUGUGUGGAGCCCGUGGACCCGUGCUUAGGGGCUGACUGCGAGUACCAGUGCCAGCCCAUGGGCCAAACCCACUACCAAUGCGUCUGUGCCGAGGGCUUUGCUCCUAUCCCCAAUGAGCCGCACAAGUGCCAGAUGUUCUGCAACCAGACUGCAUGUCCGGCCGACUGCGACCCCAACACCCCGGGUAGAUGCCAGUGUCCCGACGGCUACAUCCUGGAUGAAGGUUUCAUGUGCACAGACAUUGACGAGUGCAACCAUGGCGGCUACUGCUCCCACGAGUGUCGCAACCUACCGGGGACCUUCGAGUGCAUCUGCAGGCCCGACUCGGCCGUCGCCGUCCAGGUUGGCAGGGACUGUGACUCCACCGAGGUGAACACUGAAGACGACGGCGGCUCUGGGGAGCUCCCGGCCAGCCCAAUGCCCCGCUCCACCGCGAGUCCCCCGUCCUCGGAGCCUGUGCAUUCAGGCGUGCUCAUAGGCACCUCCAUCGCGUGUCUGUCCCUGGUCGUGGCGCUUUUGGCGCUUCUCUGCCACCUGCGCAAGAAGCAGGGCUCUGCGCGGGCGGAGCUGGAGUACAAGAGCGCGGCCCCUGCCGUGGAGGAGGUGUUGCAGCACGUGCGAACUGAGCGGACGCUGCAGAAACUCUGAGGGGCCUCCCUGCCCAGCCUGGGUGUUGUGUGGCCUUUGCCUUCCUCCUGUGCCCCUACGCCCCCGUGCCCAGCUUUACUCUCUGGAUACCCGAAAGCACUGUAACUGGCAUUGCACCUGGGGAAGACCUUCCCUCAACCUCCCCAAGCUGUUUUCUCUGAUUCCAUGCAUAGGUGGGGAGGUGGAGGGGACUGCACGCAGGGCUACCCCCAGCCUCUUCCACGGCGUCGACGGACAACUGGGCAGAGAUGGCAAGUUUGCAAUGAAGGCACAGACUGCAGAGUGUCCCAGGCCCUCCCCACGGGACGCGGGAGGGGUGAGCAUUGCUGUUCGGUGGCCUUUUGGACAGACCUUGAGCCGGUGGGCUAGUGAUGACCAAGAUAUUUAUUUUUUUAAGUAUUUAGAAUUUUAUUUUUGUCUCUCUUUUUUUUUGUCCCUUUUUCUCUACCUGUAUGUCUUCAAUACACACUUUGCACAUACCUCCCUUCCCCUCUCUCUCCCCCUCUCUGUCCGUCUCUGUCUGUCACUGCCUAUAUAUACUCUCACCUGACAUGUGGCAGUUAAACCAUCCAGGUGAGUUUUUCCCCAGCCCUCUUGGAUUUAUGGACCCAGGCCGCAUCUCUCCCUGCUCAUUCAAGCCUGGUUUUUCCUCCCAGGAACUGAGCCGACUCACCCGACGUCGCUGUACCUGUGUCUGACCCUACUUCUUUUCCUCUUAGCUCUCUGCCCAAGCAGAACUCAUAUGUGAAACAGAAACAAAAACACUAAAACCAGAAAUGGUUGGGCAUUUGCUUUUUCACCAGAUCUGCUAAUUUCUCCUGAAAUGUCAGGCUCCCAGAGCGAAACAAUUUGAACAAAGGUUAAAAUUUGAGAGUAAUUACUUAAAUUAAUGUUGAUGGACUGUUAUAGAAAUUAAACCCAAGAGGUUUUUUUUAUCUUUAUUUUUUAAAUAGUGAACUUGGGUUUUAUUAUUGUUGUUGUUUUGAUUUGUACUGAAAAGUAGUAAUUGUUGUUGAACUUCUUACGCAGUUUCCUUUUUAUUACCACUAUUACUUUUUGUGACAGUGUUGAAAAUGCUCUAGUUGGACAGAAGAGAGAAGCACCUCCCAGGAGACAACUUAAGAAAGUUUUGAGCUGCAUGAUUCAUGUGAAUUAUCAGUUUAAGUCUCAUGGGUUUUGUCACUGUAGGCCAAAAUAAAACCAGCUCUACCGGUUUUAUGGAAUUGGGGAGCUUGGGAAUGGAGCCUGGAGAAUGCCUAGUUAGGAUUUUGCCUUAAUCAGGCCCUUGGAGAAUUUCUCCCAUUUCAGAGUCGCCUUCUAGGCUGGCCAUUGGAAUGUGCUGGUUAGAAAUGCAGAAUCCUAGGCGCCACCCCACCUAGUUCAUGAGAAUCUGUGUUUUAACAAGUUCUUCAGGGGGUUUGAGGACAACUGUUUCAGACAGCUUCCAAUUUGCUGGAAUACAUGAAAUAUGGAUCAGUAAUAAGUAGCUGGCCAAGUCAGGCCCUUUAUUCUCAAGAAACUGAGGAAUCAUCACUGUAUAGCUUUACUUUCUGGUAGAAAAGACGAGGUACACUGCUCUGGACAUUGUUACACAGGGUCAAGAAGGUCUUUGGAUCAACUAAGCUAGGAAUGAAAUCAUGCUUCAGUGUGUGGGGAAAAAAAUGUAUCAUAUAAGUGUAUCUUUUGUAAGACAAAUGUUUUCCUCCACUAUUUUGUAAACUCGGCACAUUUGUACAUAGUUAUUUAUUUACUGGAAAUAAACUAGAACACAAGCAAACCCAUGCUUAUGAUGUCAAUUGUACAAAAUAAACAGAUUACAGUGUGC